AUGGCCCCAACUGCUGCUACCGUUACACCUGCUGGUUCUGCUCCAACCACUGAAGAGGAACUUCAGAAGACUAUUGCCAAGCUCGCAUCUUUGAAGCCACUUGGCCACACUAACCAUAAAGAUGGUAGAACGAAGUUUGGUAAGGAGGCUUCAUGGAUAGAGCUGCUUCCAGAACCUGCUAGACAGAGAUUUGAGAGACACGGCAUUGAUUUAUCUGGUGGAUACCCAAUUACCCCAGAUCCAGACUUGAUCCCUAAGUUUGUUGAUGAAGCAUUUGCUGUCAGAAAUGAAGACUACGCUUAUAUCGAAAGAGGAAAGAACGCCGACCCAGAAAAGAAGGCUCUUUUCGGCGCUGCUAAGGAAGUCAAGCACUUGACUAAGCAUCUCGGUACUGAAAUCGUUGGUUUGCAAUUGAGUGACUUAAACGACAAGCAGAAAGAUGAAUUGGCUCUUUUGGUUGCCGAAAGAGUUGUUGUCUUCUUCAGAGAUCAAGAUUUAGCUCCUCAAAAGCAAUUGGAAUUGGGUAAGUACUGGGGUCAAGUUGAAAUCCAUCCUCAAGUUCCAAGAGUUCCAAAUGGAGUUAACGGUGAUGACUUGAACGGUAUCACUGUCAUUUGGCAAGAUUACUCUAGAGCAGUUAAUGGAUUAGACUUGUCUUUCAAGCAUGCCAUUGGUGGUAAUUCUCAAUGGCACACUGAUUUAGUCCAUGAGCAUCAACCGGCUGGUAUUACUCAUUUACACAAUGAUACCAUUCCUGAAGUUGGUGGUGACACCGUUUGGUCAUCUGGUUAUGCCGCUUACGAUAAGUUGUCUCCAGCUCUUCAACAAUUCUUGGAUGGUAAGACUGCUAUUUACCGUUCAGCUCAUCAAUACAUUGAUCGUGAAAACCCACUUAGAGGUCCAAAGCCAAUUUUGAGAGAACAUGCGCUCGUCAGAACCCAUCCAGCAACUGGUUGGAAGUCUUUGUAUGUCAACAAGGCAAUGACUGUCAGAAUUGUAGGUUUAGAACCUGAAGAAAGUAAGCUUAUCUUGGACUACUUGUUUAGCAUCUACGAGAAGAACUUGGAUAUUCAAGUGAGAUUCAAUUGGAAGCCAUCCAAGCCUGGUUUAGGUACUUCUGCUAUUUGGGAUAACAGAAUUUCCCAGCAUAAUGCAGUCUGGGACCACGAAGGUUUAGAACCAAGACACGGAACCAGAGUCACUUCAUUAGCUGAAAUCCCAUACUUUGACCCUAAUUCUAAGUCCCAGAGACAAGCAUUAGGAUUGUCAUUGGACUAA